GAGAGGGGGAGAACCAAGACAGCGGUUUGCAUCUGUGGCUGGCCCUGCGUGGACACUUCCUAAUGCAACAGGGAUGCAAUAAAUGCCGCAAAUACAAACUUUCUUUUCUGUGUUUGCCUCUUUCUGAUUUUGAGGACAUGUGAGAAGAAGAGUGCGGCCAUGUCACUGAAUGAGACUGGAGCUCAUACACUGGCCCCUGAGCCAUGUGAGCAGCAGAUGCUCCACGAGGACAACCAUGGAAGGGUGAGCGGUGGUUCCACCAGCAACCUGUCGCUCCACUGCUGGCUGCAGCUUCUUACCAGGGAAUCCAUCAUGGAAUUACAAGGAGACAGCUCCAGCUUGGUAGUGCGUGUGAUGAUAGCGUGUGUUUACUCUAUAGUCUGUGCUUUGGGAUUGGUAGGAAACUCGCUGGCUCUGUAUCUGCUCCACUCCCGCCACAGGCAGAAGCAGUCAUCCAUAAACUGCUUUGUGAUGGGGCUGGCUAUCACAGACCUGCAAUUUGUUCUGACUUUACCCUUCUGGGCGGUGGACACAGCACUGGACUUCCGCUGGCCUUUUGGCCGGGUCAUGUGCAAAAUCAUCAGCUCUGUCACCACUAUGAACAUGUACGCCAGCGUGUUUUUUCUAACAGCAAUGAGUGUGGCAAGGUAUUACUCAAUCUCCUCUGCUCUGAAGAUGCACAGUCGAAGGGCAGCUGCAGCCAGGGCAAAGUGGACCAGCCUUGGUAUCUGGGCUGUCUCUCUGCUGGCUACUAUGCCUCAUGCUAUUUAUUCCACCAGUGCUGAGGUGUCGGAUGAGGAGCUCUGCCUCGUCCGCUUUCCAGACUCUGGCAGCUGGGAUCCACAGCUUCUUUUGGGUCUGUAUCAACUGCAGAAGGUCCUACUGGGGUUCCUUAUUCCUCUAAUCAUAAUUACUGUCUGUUAUCUGCUCUUGCUGCGGGUCAUCCUCAGCCGUCGCAUUACAGGAGCUGCAGAUCCAGAGGUCAAGCAAGGCCGUCUGAACCGGCGCUCCAAAGUCACCAAAUCCAUUGUCAUAGUGGUUCUGUCUUUCUUUCUGUGCUGGCUGCCCAAUCAGGCGCUGACACUCUGGGGGGUGCUGAUAAAGUUUGACCUUGUUCCUUUCAGCAAGGCUUUCUACAACGUGCAGGCCUAUGCGUUCCCCCUGACUGUGUGCCUGGCGCACACCAACAGCUGCCUCAACCCUGUGCUCUACUGCCUGGUUCGUCGGGAGUUUCGGGCCGGGCUCAAGGAGCUCCUCCUCCGUGCUACGCCGUCCUUCAGGAGCUGGACUCACCUGCUGCGCCGCAAGACCAAAGUGGCCGAGGCGCCGCCCGUUGUGGUGCUGGUCCAGAUGGACGUCUGAGCGCGACGACUGGCUUACACUGUGACAAAAAAACUGCAGGAGAAAAUAACUCAGAAAAUGCACUUUCUGUAUUGAUGUGAAGCGGCUUGCUGAGCACAGCUCUUCAGUCAGUAACAGCAUCAAAAGUAAUCCAGGACAAAGAAGUGCAGCUUGAAUGCUUAUCAGAUCGAGGAAAGUUUUUCUCCGUCCAAUCCGGCGAGCUGAGAUGAAAGAGUUUGAUAUGUUCUCCUUCGUAGAUCUCAUGUAUUGUCUAGUGUAAUAAUGCAUACUCAAAGUGAUUUAGUAUUAAUGCAUGAAUUUGAUGUGAUGAAGUGAUUUUUAAGUGCUUUCACAAUCUCUUAAUGUAGUUAGACUUAAGCUUCAGAUCAGUUUCAUACAAGCAAGAAUGAGCUAGAUCACUCAUCCACUGCUGGGAUAUACAGGUCCUGCUCAAAAUAUUAGCAUAUUGUGAUAAAGUUCAUUAUUUUCCAUAAUGUCAUGAUGAAAAUUUAACAUUCAUAUAUUUUAGAUU